GCUGGGCUUUAGUGCUGUCACCGGGAAACGUUCCCGGCGUGAAAAUCUCAGUUUUAGCUGCGAAAUCCCCUUGGAGAUCCCAAAGAUGCGUGCCUUGGCUACUGUGGGACUCCUAUUGACGCUCUGCGUCGUCCUGCUGCCCGAAUCUGGCGCCCAGAGUCGCUCGAAAGCGGGCUCCGGGUUGGCGGAUAAGGUGCAGCAGCUGCUGGAUAUGUCGGCGAAGAAGACCGUGUUGCGCCUGAACGGGCAGACGUUCAAGGACUUCGUAAAGACGCCGCCGCGGAACUACUCGAUGGUGGUGAUGUUCACCGCGCUGUCGCCGUCCAGGCAGUGCGUGAUCUGCCGACACGCGCACGAGGAAUUCACCAUCGUGGCCAACUCGUUCAGAUUCUCGCCCGUGUACAGCAACCGGCUGUUCUUCGCCAUGGUAGACUUCGACGAGGGCUCCAGUGUGUUUCAGAUGAUGCGUCUGAACACGGCGCCCGUGUUCAUGCACUUCCCCGCCAAGGGGAAGCCCAAGGGCAGCGACACCAUGGACAUCCAGCGCGUCGGCUUCUCCGCCGAGGUGAUCGCCAAGUGGAUCCAGGAGCGCACGGACGUGCAGAUCCGCGUGUUCCGGCCGCCCAACUACUCCGGCACCGUGGCGGCCGUGAUGCUGUUCGGCCUCGUGGGCGGCUUCCUCUAUCUGCGGCGCAACAACCUCGAUUUCCUGGCCAACAAGCAGAUGUGGGGCUUCAUCGCCGUCAUCUUCUGCUUUGCGAUGGUCAGCGGCCAGAUGUGGAAUCACAUCCGCAGUCCGCCGUUCGUGCACAAGAGCCAGAACGGCGGCGUGUCCUACAUUCAUGGCUCAUCACAGGGGCAGCUCGUGAUCGAGACGUACAUCGUCAUGUUCCUCAACGCCAUGAUCGUGGCCGGGAUGAUCCUGCUCACGGAGGCUGGCAGCAGCACGGACGCGCGCAAGGGACGGAUUAUGGCCAUCGUCGGGCUAUUCCUCGUCGCCGUCUUCUUCUCUCUCAUCCUGUCUGUGUUCAGGAGCAAGGCUCAGGGCUAUCCUUACAGUUUCCUCUUCAAGUGAGUUCCACGGGUUCUUGUGAUAACAUUUCCACCGCUGAGCAGGGAAUUUCCCGAGGAAUAAACUAGUUUCUCGUCCA